AUGACAUCAUCUGCUUUCUGCUCCUUCCGGCUGAAGACAUUGCGGAUGCAAAUCUUCCUGAAAGAAGAUUGCACCGGUACACCACAGCAGAGAUCAUGGCCAUGCUGCAGGACUCUGAAACUGUGGCGGACAUCACAGUUGUGCCUGGAGUCAGAAAUGCACGCACAUGACACAGACUGUGACAGUGACCAAUCUGAUGACGAGGCCACUGAUGACCAUAACCGCCUCCCAUCAAGAUUACUGAAAGGUGAAGGCUUUCUACUUAAUUCAGAAAUGCAACUGCCAAAUCCCCCCGAUGAUGAUCCUGGGUGCUCAUCCUCAGUGAGUCAGACAGAGACUAGAAAGGUCAGUGGCACAAAUGAAAAGGUGACCAGUCAGACUGUUGGGCCCAUGCUCCACAAAACUAAAAACCAAGACAGGAAAUUCAAAAAAAUCAAGAUUGUGGCCAAAGCACCAGCACACGCCAACAAAAAAUAUCAGAUCCCUCACUAUAUCCCCAAAGAACAUGAUCCUGGCUUCACAUCAGAUGAUCCAGUGGAUAUCUUCCUCACAUUCUAUUCCAAGUCCCUCAGAGAUGCCACACUGGAAAUGCCACACUGGAAAUAUUCAAUCAAAGGGAAAACACUCAACCUGACUGAGGAUGAACUUCUGACAUUCUAUAAUAUUCUGUUGAUCAGUGGAUACAACACAAUCCCAAGGUGGCGUCUUCUCUGGUCAGACGAUUAUGAUGUCAGCAACACUGCUGUAAAAGAUGCCAUGCAGAGGAACAGGUUUGAUGAGAUUAUGUCUUCUGUUCAUUUAGUAGACAACAUGAAGAUCACAGCUGACCCGUUCUUCAAGGUGUGUCCCCUUUUUAAGCAUCUGAAUGACAUCAACAACGCAAUCCCAAUAGCAGAACAUUUGGCAGUAGAUGAGAUGAUGAUUGAGUAUUUUGGAAGGCAUGGGUGCAAACAGUUUAUUAGAGGGAAGCCUAUUCGUUUUGGGUAUAAAAUGUGGAGCUUAGCAUCCUCCUCCGGGUUUGUCCAUCAGAUGGAGCCAUACGUAGGAAGCCACACACAUCUGGUGAAAACUGGACUCGGUCAGGGUCCAAGUGUGGUUCUUGGCCUGGCAGAGAAAGCUCAAGUGCCACCUGGAGUCAAGUUUUACCACGACAACCUCUUCACAACCCUGUCCCUGGUGGAUGAGAUGACCCUGAGAGGCUAUGGCAGCUGUGGCACGAUGCGACAAACUCAGCUCCAUAACGUUCCCUUCACAGCACCCCAGACCUUCAAGAAGACACCCAGAGGAGAUUCUAAGUAUCUGGUUGAGGCAGAGAAGCUGAUUGUAAGGUGGAAUGACAACAGUGUGGUCACUGUGGUGUCGAACAUGGAGAGGGAGUUCACCGAAACUGAGGCAAAGAGAUGGAACAAACAGAAGCGGACCAUGGACAAGGUCAGACAGCCCAAGUGUAUCCAGGACUACAACACACACAUGGGAGGAGUGGACCUGCAUGACCAGUUUGUCAGCCGCUACAGAGUCAACAUCCAGUCCAAGAAGUGGUGGUGGCCAUGCUUCAGCUGGGCCCUGAACAGUGCCAUGGUGAACAGCUGGUGCUGUUACAGGUCCUGGAAAAGUGGGCAGAAGGAUCUCCUCUCUUUCCAGAGGCUGGUAGCCCAGACCCUCCUCCUGCGCCAUGGAACAAAGCCAAGUAGGCAGGGCAGAAGAUCUUCAAUGGCGGUGGCGAUAACUGAUGCCACCAGGUUUGAUAGUUUCAAGCACUGGCCCUGCAACACUGUUAGUGGAGUGCUUCAAGAAGUACCACACUGA